ACUGCAUUUCAGAAAGAGAGCAGAGCGGAUUUCAGAGCUCAGCGCUUUACUUUUCACCCGAGAUGAAGAUUCUCUGGGUGAUUCUAGUGGCUUUCUCUGGACUAAUGGAGACCAUGUCAGAUCGUUUUAAUGUAGUGGGUCCAGCUGCUCCUCUUGUUGCUGAAACUGGUGAAGAUCUGAUUCUGCCCUGUUCUCUCCAACCCAACAUCAGUGCUGAGGAUAUGAUUGUGGAGUGGCUUAGAACAGAUCUGACUGAUAGACUGGUCCAUCUGUACAAAGAUUAUAAAGACACAAAUGAUGAUCAGAUUAAGACAUACAGAGGGAGAACAGCUCUGUUUAAAGAAGAACUGAAGAAAGGAAACACCUCCCUUAAACUGUCAGCACUCCAACCUUCUGAUGAGGGAUCUUACAAGUGUUUAAUUACAUCUGAAUCCUGGUAUGAGGACUUUACUCUUCGUGUUGAAAUUAAUGUACGUUUGAAACUAGUUGGAGCAGCUGCUCCUCUUGUUGCUGUAGCUGGUGAAGAUCUGGUUCUGCCCUGUUCUCUCCAACCCAGCAUCAGUGCUGAGGGCGUGAUCGUGGAGUGGAUCAGACAGCAUGAGACGGACAGACAAGUUCACCUGUAUGAAGAUUAUAAAGACAGAAAUGAUAAUCAGAUGGAGUCUUACAGAGGGAGAACAGCUCUGUUUAAAGAAGAACUGAAGAAAGGAAACGCCUCACUGAAACUCUCAGCUCUCCAACCUUCUGAUGAUGGAGCUUACAAGUGUUUAAUUAGAUCAUUUGGCUGGUAUGAUGAUGUGACUCUGUAUGUUGAAGUUAAAGGAAAAGGAUUUCAUGGUUGGAAGAUUGCCAUUAUCUGCAUUUUUGUUUUUGCUGUUAUUUUAACUGCCUUUAUAGCAUACAUCUUAAAAGAUAAAUACUCUGAAAAGCAGCUCUCUCCUACACAGUGCUCAGUUAUAACCUACAUGCGUCUCCACACCGAGAAUCCCCGCAAAGAGCUGGACCUGAGAAAAUUCAACACAUCAGAGGAAGGAUACAGGAGACUCAUCCCAGCUGUAUCAAACUGCAGGAAGGCUCAAUUUACAGGUUGUAAUCUCACCGAACAGUCCAUUGAAACAUUGAGUGCAGCUUUAAAAACAGAAAACUCCUUACUGAAAGAGCUGGACCUCUGUAACAACAACCUGCAGGAUUCAGGAGUGGAGAAGCUCUCUGAUGGACUGAAGAGUUCACACUGUAAAGUGGAAAAACUGAGAUUUGCUGGCUGUAAUCUCACUGCGGGGUGCAUUGAAACGUUGAGUGCAACAAUACAAACAGAAAACUCCUCCCUAAAAGAGCUGGACCUCAGUAACAACAACCUGCAGGAUUCAGGAGUGGAGAAGCUCUCUGAUGGACUGAAGAGUUCACACUGUAAAGUGGAAACACUGAGAUUUGCUGGCUGUAAUCUCACUGCGGGGUGCACUGAAACGUUGAGUGCAACAAUAAAAACAGAAAACUCCUCCCUAAAAGAGCUGGACCUCAGUAACAACAACCUGCAGGAUUCAGGAGUGGAGAAGCUCUCUGAUGGACUGAAGAGUUCACACUGUAAAGUGGAAAAACUGAGACUUGUUGUGUGUAAUCUUGGGGGGAAGACCAGUGAAACUCUGGGAACAGCUUUACUAUCAGAGACCUGGACCCUGAAAGAGCUGGACCUUAGUAAGAAUAACCUGCAGGACUCUGGAAUGGAGAAGCUUUCUGAUGGCCUGAAGAGUUCAAAAUGUGUACUGGAGAUACUGAGAUUAGCCACCUGUAACUUUACUGGGAAAUCAUGUAAGUUUCUCAUAUCAGCACUAAAAUCAAAAAUCUCCUCACUGAAAAAGCUGGAUCUCAGCAGCAAUGAUCUGCAGGGUUCAGGGGUGGAGGAGCUCUUCAUGGAUCCACAGAGUUCACCCUGUAAACUGGAGAUACUCAGGCUGGCUUUAUGUAAUUUUGAAGAAAGGGUUUGUGAAUAUCUGGGAUCAGUUUUAAAUCAGGAAAAUUCCCUGAUAGAGCUGGACCUAAGUAACAAUGACCUGCAGGAUUCAGGAGUGAAGCUGCUCUCUGCCGGACUAAAGAGUUCACACUGUAAACUGGAGAUACUCAGAUUGUCUGGUUGUAUGAUCACAGAAGAAGGAUGUUCAUUUCUGGCUUCAUCAUUAAGUUCAAGCUCCUCCCACCUGACAGAACUGGAUCUGACCUACAAUAACCCAGGAGAGUCAGGAGAGAAUCUGCUCACCCCACACUGCAAACCCGGCACACUCAGAGUGGAGCAUGGAGGGAACAUCAGAUUGAAAACAGGACUAAAGAAAUACGGCUGUGAUCUCACACUGGAUCCAAACACAGCGAACAGUGAUCUCUCUCUGAGUGAAGAGAACAGGAGGGUGGAGAGAGGAGAGCUGCAGCCGUAUCCUGAUCAUCCAGAGAGAUUUGAUGGGUGGUCGCAGGUUCUGAGUAGAGAGAGAGUUACUGGACGCUGUUACUGGGAGGCUGAGUGGAGCGGAGACGUUGCUGUAGCUCUGAGUUAUAAAACCAUCAGCAGGAAAGGAGGAGGUUCAGACUCUCGGUUUGGAGAGAAUGAAAAGUCCUGGAGGCUGAUGAUCUAUAAUAACAGUUACUCUGUUCAUCACAAUAAUAACAGCACUGCUCUCCCUCCUCCUCCCUCUCCCUCUAACAGAGUAGGAGUGUAUGUGGACUGUCCCGCCGGCACUCUGUCCUUCUACACCAUCUCCUCUCAUACACACACACCCUCCUCACACACACCCUCCUCACCCUCACACACCCAAACACUCACACACCUACACACAUUCUACACCACAUUCACUGAACCGCUCUAUGCUGGGUUCAGACUUAUAUUUUAUAACUCCUCAGUGCAUCUGUGUGAUAUAGAAUAGUGUGUGUGUGUGUGUUUGUUUAUGACUGUGUGUGUAUGUGUGUGGGCGAGAGAUAGAUUGUGAGUGAUGGUGUUUGUGUGAGAGUGUGUAUGUGCUUUUGUGUGUGUGUCUGAAAGAGAGAGAGAGAGAGAGAGAGAGAGAGAGAGAGUGUGUGUGUGUGUGUGUGUGAAAGAGUGUAAGUGUGCAUUAGUAUAUGUCUGAGACUGUGUGUGUUUGUGUGAGAAUGGGUGUUUGUGACUGUGUGUGUGUGUGUGCAUUUUGUGAAAGAGAGUUUGUGUGCACUUAUCAAAUCUUCAUCAUAAUAAUAUACAAUUAAAUUGUUUAUGUUAAUAUAUUGUGAUUCUGAGUUUAUAAUUUAUUAUUGGUAAUUAAAUGAUUAUGAUUGUAAAUAUAUUGUUUAUGAUUGUGAG